CCGGUUGAACACCGGAACGGGAACACUCGCGUCCCUUUUGACUGUACCCUUUCGAUCGGUCUCUAGAUCGUUUUCUCCCCUCCCCAUCACACUGGUGUACAGGAUCCGUCGAUCAUCGGUUCACUCGCCCUCCGUCAGUUGCUGGCCUGCUCGUGCUUUUGCCAGUCUUACCAUAUUCUCGUACUUAAUCGUCUCCUACGAGCGUGCUUAAUUUCGUUCGUGCCGUUCAUCACGCUUACUGCUCGGCCCGGCAACAGUAUAUAAAUAGACGACUCAACAUAGACGUAUUGACACCAACUGGCGUCUGUACGUUCAACGGAUUCCUUUUAGUUGGAGUCACGGGCCAUUUAUUGAGCUCAACCUAAUAUCCGACAAGAUAGGUUGGUCAGACUUCCGGCGAGGCAGCAGUCUGCCAUCGGUGCCGUCUACCGCCGGCACAAUGUUCUCCAAACUCAAAUCAGGCACAUCGUCUGUCAGCCAAGGUGCACAGGUGUUGUCCACCAAUAAUAUCCUUAACCUCUUCGAGGUCGGUAAAUUUGUGUGCUCAGCUGGCCCAGAACUCAUAUGGAAAGUUUACGAGGGGUUCCGAAAACCAGACGGAAAGGAGGUAUCGAUAUUCGUUUUUGAAAAAAAACUGGCUGACAAGCUGCACAAGCCCAGGCGUAAAGAGACGGUGACGGAGAUACUGAAGAAAAGCGUGCACUACUUAGAGAUGCUCAGACAGCCAAAGCUCAUACUCAAGGUGGUUCAUUCCGUGGAGGACUGCAACGACACGCUCGCGUUCGCCGCCGAGCCCGUGAUCGCCAGUCUGGCCAACAUACUCGCGUACCAGGCGUCCGUCGGUGGCCGGACAGUGAACGGGCCACCGUCCACCGGCGCGUCCAUCAUCACCACUACGGCCAUGCCACGGCCCGCGCACGCGAGGGAGUACAACUUUUUGGACUUUGAAAUCAAGUACGGCAUCAGACAGAUUGCCGAAGCUCUUGAUUUCUUAUCACCUCAAGUCUAUCAUCACAAUGUUUGUCCGAGCAGUAUACUGGUAACAAAAACAGGAACUUGGAAACUAAGUGGUCUGGAAUUCAUUGUUCAGACCGAAGCUAGAGAGCGGAUUACUUGUACUCCGUGGACGUCUAGACUGCCAAAAAUGGCACAACCCGAUUUGGAUUAUAUAGCUCCAGAAGUCCAGUUAUCUUCAUAUUGCAGUUCUCACAGUGAUAUGUACUCUUUGGGAAUGGUAAUAUUCGCAAUAUUUAAUAAUGGUCGACCACUAAUACAAGCGAACCACAGCAGUUCGACGUACAUGAAACAAUUAGAUGUGUUAGAAAAUCAAAUUCACAAUGUAUUGCCUAAACUCCCGGCACAAUUACAAGAAAUGGCAACCAAAAUGUUAAGCAAGGACGUGGAUGCGAGACCAUUCGUCAAAAAUUUAUUGCACACGCCUUAUUUCUGUGCUGCUGUAUUGGCUGUAACCAACGUUUCUCAAUAUAUGGAUGAUACAGCAAUAAGAAGAAUGGUACUUCCCAAACUCAAAAUGGUGUACGAAAUCAAUCCCAACGAUUUGAAAAUUGUUUUAAACAUAUUAGCAUGUCUGGAAAUCAUAUUGCACAGACUUGAAAAACAACAAAUCAUCGAGGAUGUUUUACCGUUGAUUUGGAUAGUAAAUCAGACAGAUCCCGAAGUGAUAGCAAGAAUAGCAGUUAUAUACAGUAUGAUUUUGCGUGACAAGAAAUACGGUUUAUCAGUAAAUAUGAUAGCCACAAAAAUAAUGCCAACGUUGAUUCCACACACAAUGAAUCCGGGUUUAAAUUUAGAACAAUUUCAAACCCUCAUUGAAGUUCUACAAGAUAUGCUGGAACAGAUUGACAGAAACCAAAGGAAUAAAUUGAAAUUGGAUACAAUAUCCAUGCAGAGUCCCGACAGACAUAGACCUUUAAGACAUUUAUACAGUUCUGACAAUAUGCAUGCGCAAAACUUCAACAUACCAAAUUUGAAAAUCGAAACGCGCAAAACGUCAAGUGCCGAAGAUAUGGUUAGAAAAAAUUCAGCGGGCAGCUGGUGGUUUGGCGGGUCGCCCUCCGGUUCUGAUAGCAACUUCUUACGCGUAGUCAGUUCAUUUCCAAAUCGUCGAUUGUCUGACAAUAUGUUGAACACGCCGAAAAUUCGCGUGGCACCGUCAUGUGCCUCUUCGCCAGGAAGCACGCCCGUUGGCACCGGACUGCCGAUCCGGAGACACUCGAACGUUGAGCGCCGUGGAUCUACCAUCAAUUUGUCACCACCAUCGGGCUAUCAGUACUUCAGACCGAUUAACGGACACAGUGGGUCCACAUUGUCGGUGCCAUCAUCGACGUAUGGUGGUAGCAUGCCAAAUACGAGCAGUAGCGUGCCAUACUUGCUCAGUUCCAGUAUGAACAGCAUCCGGUCCAGGAGGCAAAGUACGUGUUCACAAAAUUCUAGUACUGGCAUUCUGCAGCAACUUGGUUCCGGUGUAGUGAAACAGUUAUCCACUUUGCAAAAUCCGUAUCAACUAUUUAGUGGCAACAAGUGAAAAGUCGUACUUGGCUGACUGUUAUAACUACACAAUAAUAUUAUUAACUAUUGCUUACAUUUUACCAAACGGUCCGACGUCCCGUUAAAGUAUAUAUAUUAUGUACACCUAUUUCAUCAAAUACGAAACUAUAUGAGCAAAUAUUUUACAUCUAUCAACAACAUAAUAUUAUAAGCAAUACAGCUAGAAAUCGUCAAC